GUUGUACAAUACCCUUCUUAUGAAAGGUCAAGCUGAUACAAUAGGCAUUGCAAUCCGAAGAAUUUUACUCGGAGAAAUAGAGGGAACAUGUAUCACACGUGUAAAAUCAGAGAAAAUACCACAUCAAUAUUCUACCAUAAUAGGUAUUGAAGAAUUAGUACAUGAAAUUUUCAUGAAUUUGAAAGAAAUUGUAUUGAAAAGUAAUAUGUAUGGAACACAGGAUGCAUUGAUUUCUUUCAAAGGUCGAUAUAUAACCACUCAAGACAUCAUUUUAUCACCCUCAGUGGAAAUUGUUGAAAAUAGACAACAUAUAACCAAUGUCCAACCUGUUAAUUUGUGUAUUGAAUUAAAAAUUGAGAGAAAUCUUGGGUAUUGGAUAAAAACACUAAAAAACUUUUAAGACGUAAGUUAUGAUAUAGAUGCUAGAUUCAUGCCUGUUCGAAAUGUAAAUUAUAGUAUUCAUUCUUAUGUCAAUGGGAAUGAAAAACAAGAAAUACUUUUCCUCGAGAUAUGGACAAACGGAAGUUUACACUACCUGUGAUAACAAUAUCAACCA